AUGCAAACGGUGGGACAACAGGCCGUCAGCCGCGCCGAGGCAGUCGUGGCUGCCGCGGCUCUACCGUUGCGGUCGAAGCCGCAUCGCAGCACCACAGAGCAGCGAGAGGCGUUUCUGGAGCAGCUGUACAGCGACUAUGCAGAGCUGCAGGGUCAGCGUGAUGAGAUCGACAGUCGCAAGCGGCAGAUGGACUUUGAGGUGUACGAAAGCAACCACCACGAUAUACACGAUCUUCUCUUCGCCAACCUCGAUGCUGCUCACGGCGCCCUGGGCGACUGGGAUACCUGGGAGAAGGUUGAAGCGGCUGUGAAGCGCUACGCCUACGGCAAACCACGACACACUGCACAGGAGAAAAACGAGAUGUGUGCCAUGCAGAGCCACAUUGAAAAGCUGAGGGAGGUGCUGCAGGCAAAAUCGGCAACAGUCCAGUGUCUUACGGGGAACUUGGACUCGGUACAGAAGGAGCUCGCUGGUGUGUUGAGGCUGUUGCACCUGCAAGAGAACGAGAUUCGCAAGCUGAAGAGUCAGAACAGUACCACAAAGCUGCAGCUGCGCAGCGUCGAGCGAGAGUGUGCAGUGCUCCGCGGCUUCCGCACCGAGAAUGAGCUAUCGGCGCUGAAGGAAGACCUGCGCUUUCUCAUUGAAGCGAACAAGACGCUGGAGCAGGAGAAUGCUCAGCUGCGGCGGCACUUAAAUGCUCGAGAUAGCGGUGGUGCGGCUGCUGGCACGCACGACGCAUCCCUCGACGUCCAGGCGGCUACUCCUUCGCUGCUUCAUGACGAAGCUCACGAGCCACCUACAUCCGGUGUGAUGGACGACGACCUCAACCGGUGCAUGGAAGAGGACGACUACCGGCGCAAGCUGAUGCAUCAGAUCAUUCCCAUUUCGGGGGCUAUUGUCGACGGAAAGUGCGAAGUUGAGCAAUGGAAGCGACGUUUGGAGGCAGAGGUAAGCUCUGCAUUGGCAAUGCUCGACCGAGACGCGCUGCUGUGUGAAUCCAUUGUUCGGGCGCCUCUUGACUGUAGCGCGACAUGGGAGUCACCACCAAUGAAGAAUGUUUUCACGUCCUACGCAACGUACCAAAGCUCCGCCGAAAACAAUCCAUGGCUGAAAAGCAUGUGCGUUGUUUCGGCACCGCCACUGGCGACCACUACUUCCGCCUUGGCCACAUCUCAUCUGUGCACGUCGACUGACGCGCAGGCGGACGCUAGAGAGGUAGAGCUGGGGCGAGCGACACCGCCGUUGUUGCAGGCUGCUACACAGGAGCCGGUGCAGCACGAGGGCCACCAGCAGAACCAAGGGAGGGACCGCAAGCCGCGCUCGUUAAGUCAUGCGCCGCGUCGCAAAAAGACGGCAACCACCACCGUCGCGCCUGUUGCCGCACACAAUGCAGCAGCACCGCUGAAAAAGAUCGGCACCGUGAGUACACCGGGCGGCCGCCGUGCCUCUCUAACCACCGCCGCGGCAGCACCUUCCACUUCCGCAGCGCUAGUGAAGCUCAAAAGCGCUGUGCUUCAAUGCGCCGAGCUCUCCCGUGCGAAUGCAUUGCGGCGCGAGCUGCUACACGCAGCGUGGUUUCGACAGCACUUGUACGAAGAGCGCGAGCGUGUCGCCUUGCUUGGGGCCGUCCAGCCCCAGUCCUGUGGCCAGGGUGCAGCACUGACUAUCCAUGAGGACACCGCUCACCCUGAGGAGGCGAAAAGGGCGACCCGCACAAGCGCAAGCGACGUCCUCCCUAAGGCGCUGGCCAACGCCAACAAGGCAGAGAGUGAAGUCUUGCCCCUCCGCGCAUUGGGGAGUCCCAUAUCCGCUCCAGAGCGGUUGCGCCACCUCGUGGAGGAGAGUCGUCCCUCGACUGAUGACAUCCAGGAAGAUGGUGGUGCGCUAGAGCGCGGACGUAUGGAUGACGCGCACGACCCCAACAGCGGUGAUGAGGUUUCCCAAUCGGCCCGCCGUGCGUCGAGUUCACUGUCACUUGCACUCGAUGCGCAAACGGCACCAACGGAGCGAAAGACACCUGUGCCUGUCAUAGCCCUUGGAGAUGAAAGUAGCGCUAUGAAUGACGUGGCAACGGAGCGGGGCAUGCUGCCGUCAGUCAAGGGUGUCGUGCAUGAGCCUCUGUUGCUCCUCGCGCAUGGGAGUGGUCAGGCUUCUGGUGGUGCCGUGUUUGCUGCCGAGUGCGCUGCGCCUGAUAAGACGGAAGCACGACUCAGUGGCAGGUAUGUGAGAAGCCUUGCCGUACAGGCGGAGUGGCUCCGUCAACAGGUGCAGCAGCUAGGUCUCGACGCCGCAUCUUUUGGGAACGAGGUGCAGGAGGCGCUUCAUCUGUUGAGCACGCUGCUUGUGCAGCAGCAGCUGCACGUUCAGCACGUGACUGAGGAGGAGAUGGAGCGGGCGGUGAGAGCUACAGCGCAGGAGACGCUGGAGGAGGCCGCCGUUGUCCGUGCGACACACCUGCUGGAGGAGCAAUUUAACGCGCAGGUUUCACAAGACUUCUAUGGCGCCGCCGCUGCUUCCCUUCCUGACACGGCAACGGACGAGGAGUGGGUUGCUCACAAUUUGCGCUUGGCGGCUCUGGCGAUGGUUCGAGAGACGCUGCAGCCGUACGUGAGGUGCACCGACGGCGGUGGAGAGUACGACGCUGGUGCCUCCACUCAAGCCUUUGGAUCGGCACUGGCUCGAGAGCCGUGGCUGCUGGAGUCGCCAGAGGAGAGCGCUGGAUUUGCACAUCAGUUUUUCGCCGACGACGUUGUCCAGUUCCCCAAGCCGCUGCCAAAAAGCACCCUUGGCACAGUUGUGCACUCGUCCGCAGCUGACGCAAGCAACCACAACGAUCAACGUGUUGUUGUCGAGGUGCCGCGAGAAGCAGAAGAUGUUGACACGUUGCGCGUGUGUGGGAAGAGCCUGCGGAACGGGCAGCGCACGCUGGGUCACGUGCACCGGCCGGUGCGCGUGCCUUGGUACUGGAGGGCUCGCGACCCUCUCACGGUGCCCUCGCCGCGUAUGGCUCAUCACGGGGCUUCCCUGGAGCCUCAAAUGCCGGGGAGAGGUCGCAGCGCUGCGUUGUUUUCGAUGCCGAUGCCGUCGCUAUGGCGCGCGUCUCCCGCGGACGUUGAUUCUAUUCGGCCGACCGUCUUGCGGUACGACUUCGGCCCUGCCGCACGACAGGCUCAAGAGCGCGUGAAUGCGCAGGUGAAGCAGGCAACGGCGUAUAUCUGCGGCAGCCGGUUUGAUGACUUUGUACGUGAGUACGUCGUGCCGAUCAUCUCGACGGCUACCCGGGUGACCAACGGGGCUGAUGUGGACGAGGCCCUACGUGCUGCAGUACGGCAGCUACGUGCAGAGGCGAGUGAGCGGUGCAAGCGCUGCGUGUGUUUGCUCUUUCGCCGCGUCGCUAGUACUAUUCGCACCCGAAGGCUUCUCCGUGGCCGCGUUUUCCACGGCGAGGCCUUUGUGUCGUAUGUUGGUGUGCUCUACAACAUGUGGCGCCACAGGCUGGAGCAGGAGAGGCGGCAGAUGCGCGUUGAGCAGCACGAGAUGUACGCAUCUGUUGUGUCUCUCAUGAAACUUCAUGCGCCUGCUGCUGGCGCGGUCGCGAAAACACCAGCGGCAGCGGGCAAGAGUAGGGCAUGUAGGCCAGGCAGCGGAGUCACCGGCGACGGUCACCGUCUUCCACCGUAUGAAGUGCAGCUCUCCAGUUACCACUUCGACAAGGUGAGGUUUGACGACAAGUAA